AUGUUCAAGCUCGGCCGUAGUCGCGCUGUGGCUUCGGCCCUCAACGCCUCAAAGUUCGCUGCUCCUGCCGCUCGAUUCCCCGGCGUUCAACAACGACGAGCUCUCAGCAUUCACGAGUACCUCUCUGCCGACCUCCUCCGACAGUACGGUAUCGGUGUCCCCAAGGGUUCCGUCGCAAAGUCCGCCAAGGAGGCCAAGGAGAUCGCCGAGAAGAUUGGCAACGAUGAUAUGGUUAUCAAGGCCCAGGUCCUUGCUGGUGGCCGAGGAAAGGGUACCUUCGAUAACGGUCUUAAGGGUGGUGUCCGUGUCAUCUACUCUCCCCACGAGGCUGAGAUGUUCGCCGAGCAGAUGAUCGGCCACAAGCUUGUUACCAAGCAGACGGGUGCUGGCGGCCGUCUCUGCAACUCUGUCUACAUCUGCGAGCGCAAGUUUGCUCGUCGUGAGUUCUACCUCGCCAUCCUCAUGGACCGUCAGAACCAGUGCCCCGUCAUUGUCUCUUCUUCCCAGGGUGGUAUGGACAUUGAGGCCGUUGCCAAGGACACCCCUGACGCCAUCAACACCAACUACAUUGACAUCAACGUCGGUGUCACUGACGAGACUGCCCGCGAGAUCGCCACCAAGCUCGGCUUCAGCGAGCAGUGCAUUGAGGAGGCCAAGGACACCAUCCAGAAGCUCUACAAGAUCUUCCGCGAGAAGGACUCCACCCAGAUUGAGAUCAACCCUCUUUCCGAGACCUCUGACCACCAGGUUCUCUGCAUGGAUGCCAAGUUCGGCUUCGACGACAACGCCGACUUCCGACAGAAGGAGGUCUUUGAGUGGCGCGACACCACCCAGGAGGACCCCGAUGAGGUCCGCGCCGCCGAGUCCAACCUCAACUUCAUCAAGCUUGACGGCGAUAUCGGCUGCCUCGUCAACGGUGCCGGUCUUGCCAUGGCCACCAUGGACAUCAUUAAGCUGAACGGUGGCCAGCCCGCCAACUUCCUCGACGUUGGUGGUGGUGCUACCCCUGCCGCCAUCAAGGAGGCUUUCGAGCUCAUCACCAGCGACCCCAAGGUCACUGCCAUCUUUGUCAACAUCUUCGGUGGUAUCGUCCGAUGUGACGCCAUCGCCACUGGUCUUAUCAAGACCGUCGAGAGCUUGAACCUCAAGAUCCCCAUCAUUGCCCGUCUCCAGGGUACCAACGUUGAGAAGGCUCAUCAGCUCAUCAACGACUCCGGUCUUAAGAUCUUCUCCAUUGAUGACCUACAAACCGCUGCUGAGAAGUCUGUCCAGCUCUCCAAGGUCGUCAAGAUGGCCCGUGACAUUGAUGUCGGUGUCGAGUUCACCCUCGGAAUCUAA